GUUCCGCGGCGGAGGCCCAGGGCAGCGGCGGCGGGACGCGCUCCCGGUGGCCGCCAUGGACGUGACCGGACCCGAGACUGACUGGCGCAGCACCAACUUCCGCCAGAAGCUCGUCAGCCAGAUUGAUGAAGCCAUGAGGAAAGCUGGUGUUGCCCAUAACAAAUCUAGCAAAGAUAUGGAGAGCCACGUGUUUAUGAAGGCCAAAACAAGGGAGGAGUAUCUUUCUCUUGUGGCCAGGCUCAUUAUCCAUUUCCGAGAUAUUCACAAUAAGAAAUCUCAAGCCUCAGUCAGUGAUCCGAUGAAUGCCCUGCAGAAUCUCACUGGGGGUCCCGCAGCAGGGGCGCCUGGCAUGGGCAUGGCUUCCCGAGCUCAGGGGGCACCAAUGAGUGGCAUGACAGGCCUUGGUCCAAUGGCACAGCAGAUGAGUCUCCCAGGGCAGCAGCAGCCUCCUGGAACCUCAGGAAUGGCCCCUCAUGGGAUGCCUGGUGUCUCUACAGCUACUCAGCAGACCCAGCUUCAGCUUCAGCAAAUAGCUCAGCAGCAACAGCAGCAGCAGCAGCAAUUCCAGCAGCAGCAGGUGGCCCUGCAGCAGCAGCAGCAGUUCCAGGCCCAGCAGUCAGCCAUGCAGCAGCAGUUCCAGGUGCAGCAGCAGCAGGCGGCGGCCGCUGCGGUGGCGCAGCAGCAGCAGCAACAGCAGCAGCAGUUGCAGGCUGUCCAGCAGCAGCAGCAGCACAUGCUGAAACUGCAGAUGCAGCAGCAGCAAAACCAACAGCAGAUGCAGCAGCAACAGCAGCAGCAGCAGCUGCAGCGGAUUGCUCAAAUGCAGCAGCUGCAGGCAGCACAGGUCAUGCAGGCACAGCAGCAGCAACAGCAGCAGCAGCAACAGCAGCAGCAGAUACCACAACAACAGAUACAGCAGCAGCCACCUCAGCAAGUCAUGCAACAGCAGAUGCAACAGAUGCAGCAGCAGCAACAGCAGCAACAGCAGCAGCAGCAACAACAGCAGCAACAGGUUGCUCAGGCACAACAGUCUCAGCUUCCACCACAGUCCCAGCCUCAGCCCCAGCCCAUGGUGUCUCAGCCUCAGGCAAUCUCAGGACAAAUUCCCAGCCAGGUUAUGCCUGUCACUCUCACACCACAGCAGUUAAAAGCUAUGCAGGUAAGAGCUCAGCUGGUCCAGCAGCAGCAGCAGCAGGCAGCAGCAGCAGCAGUGCAGGCAGCUCAGGCCCAAGCUGCUCAGAUGGGAGCUUCAGGGCAGAUGAUCACCGCACCCAUGGCCCGAGGUGGGAUGCAAAUCAGACCACGGUUCCCGCCUGCCCCCGCGGUGCCGGCUACACCUCCAAGCUCCGUGCCCUUGGGCGGACAGCCAAUGCCACAGGUCAGCCAGAACAAUAUCACCAUGAUGUCAUCCCCAUCCCCUGUCCAGCAGGCUCAGACUCCCCAGUCCAUGCCUCCACCACCACAGCCCCAGCCAUCUCCUCAGCCAGGCCAGCCAACUUCUCAGCCAAACUCAAAUGUCAGCUCUGGCCCUGCUCCAUCACCCAGCAGCUUUCUCCCCAGUCCAUCUCCACAACCAUCACAGAGCCCAGCAGCUGCACGAACACCUCAGAACUUUAGUGUCCCAUCCCCAGGUCCUCUGAACACUCCAGGAAAUCCAAAUUCUGUCAUGAGUCCAGCCAGUUCUGGUCAGUCAGAGGAGCAACAGUAUCUGGAAAAACUCAAACAACUAUCAAAAUACAUUGAGCCACUCCGGAGGAUGAUCAAUAAAAUAGAUAAAAAUGAAGAUAGGAAGAAGGACCUGAGUAAAAUGAAGAGUCUCUUGGAUAUCCUGACUGACCCUUCAAAACGGUGCCCCCUGAAGACGCUGCAGAAAUGUGAAAUUGCUCUGGAGAAGCUGAAAAAUGAUAUGGCUGUGCCAACUCCACCACCUCCCCCAGUGCCCCCCACCAAGCAGCAGUACUUGUGCCAGCCCCUCCUGGAUGCUGUCCUGGCCAACAUCCGCUCCCCAGUCUUCAACCAUUCCCUGUACCGCACGUUCAUGCCGGCCAUGACGGCGAUCCACGGGCAGCCCAUCACGGCCCCCAUUGCUUCCCCUCGGAAGCGGAAAUUUGAAGAGGAUGAAAGACAGACCAUCCCCAAUGUCCUACAAGGAGAAGUUGCGAGAUUAAAUCCUAAAUUCCUGGUGAACCUGGACCCUUCACACUGCAGUAAUAAUGGCACAGUUCAUCUCAUAUGCAAGCUAGAUGACAAGAAUCUUCCAAAUGUCCCACCUCUUCAGCUCAGUGUUCCAGCAGACUAUCCAGAUCAGAGCCCUCUGUGGAUAAAGAACCCCAGACAGUAUGCAGCCAAUCCCUUUUUGCAGUCAGUGUACAGGUACAUGACUUCAAAACUAUUGCAGCUCCCAGACAAGCAUUCAGUCACAGCUCUCCUGAACACCUGGGCACAGAGCAUUCGUCAGGCCUGUCUCUCUGCUGCGUAACAGCUCACCUCCUGCAUCAUGGAGCCAGGAAGAAACUCUCAACAGCUGGCCUCUUCCACAUGCCACUGGAAAACCACAGUGUGGGGAGGUUACUUCAGAAGAAAGAAAAGCCUUCUGUUGUUUUGUUUCUAGGCUGUCAGGGUCAGUAGAGAACCUGAUGUUAGACUUAGCUCUCAUGCUUUCCAUCUUCUGCCUCUGUGGACUUUGCCAGCGUUUUCAGAUAUACAAAAUGUGUAUAUUGGUUCUCAAGACUGUAUUUAGGGUGAGUUUUUAUUGUCUUCUUAGAGAAGAAAUUAUUUGUGGACUUCCAUCAGGGAGUCUGGUAUAAGAGGGGGUAGGGAAAAAUGUCCUAAUUUGCUUCAAAAUUUGCUCAGUGCCAGUAUUUCUUUCACACUGUAUGUUUUGUGACCUGAUACUGCCCCAGAAAUAAAUGAGCUGUAACUCAAA